UGUUGCUCUUGUGAAAGACUAAAAUGUCUGCCAAUUUUCUAAAUAAUUUCUUUUGUAAAGCAACAAAUAGCAUAAAAGUACAACGUAUUGUGAGGAAUAGUUCAACAAGUGCCAAAAAUGUGGCGUACAAAACUAAAGUUGCUCAACAAAUAAAUCGAAUCAAGAAUCAAGCUCUUUUAGGUGGUGGACUAAACAAAAUUGAUGAACAGCAUAAAAAGGGAAAACUAACAGCACGCGAGCGCCUUGAUAUAUUUCUUGAUGAUAACAGUUUUGUAGAAUACGAUUUGUUUGUAGAACACACUUGUACAAAUUUUGGAAUGGAUAAACAAAAAUUUCCAGGUGAUUCUGUAGUUACAGGUCACGGUUUGGUUAAUGGACGGCCAGUGUACGUAUUUAGUCAAGACUUUACAGUUUUUGGUGGAAGUCUUUCGAGUGUUCAUGCGAAAAAAAUUUGUAAAAUGAUGGAUAAAGCGAUAAUCAACGGUGCUCCUAUUAUUGGACUAAAUGACUGCGGUGGCGCCCGUAUACAAGAGGGCGUGGAAUCAUUAGUUGGAUAUGCUGAUAUAUUUCAGAGAAAUGUUUUGGCUUCUGGAGUUGUUCCCCAGAUAUCACUAAUUAUGGGUCCCUGCGCAGGAGGAGCUGUUUACUCACCUGCACUUACAGAUUUUGUAUUUAUGAUAGAAGAUACAUCGUUUCUUUUUGUUACAGGGCCUGAUGUCAUCAAAUCAGUUAAUAAUGAAGAUAUCACUAGGGAGGAAUUAGGUGGUGCUAGAACACAUACCACAAUAUCGGGAAAUGCACAUAGAUCAUUUAAAAAUGAUAUUGACGCUCUCCUACAGUUAAGACAUUUUUUGGGUUAUUUACCACAGUCAUGUAAUCAUCCUGCACCUAUUAGGAUUUGUGAUGAUCCUUGUGAUUUAGAUGUAUUGGCCCUCGAUUCAAUAAUCCCACUAGAACCUAGUGCCCCUUAUGAUAUGUUAGACGUAAUCCAUUGCAUAGUUGAUGAAAGAGAAUUUUUUGAAAUAAUGUCAAAUUAUGCUAAAAAUAUUGUGGUUGGUUUUGCGCGAAUGAACGGCAGACCUGUGGGCUUUGUUGGAAAUCAACCAAAAGUCGCCGCUGGUUGUUUGGAUAUUAACGCAUCUAUAAAAGCAGCCAGAUUUGUGCGUUUCUGUGAUGCAUUCAAUCUACCUAUUAUUACUUUAGUUGAUGUCCCAGGCUUUCUACCAGGAAUUUAUCAGGAACAUUCAGGAGUUAUAAGACACGGAGCGAAGUUAUUAUAUGCCUAUGCUGAAGCCACAGUUCCCAAACUUACCGUAAUUGUUAGAAAAGGUUACGGUGGAGCGUAUGAUGUUAUGUCAUCUAAGCAUCUGAGAGGAGAUGUUAAUUAUGCUUGGCCAUCCGCUGAAAUAGCUGUAAUGGGAGCUAAGGGUGCAGUAUCAAUUUUACACAGAAAUGAAAGGGAUGUUACAACAUACGUGAAUGAAUAUACAGAAAUUAACAGUCCUCUACCUGCUGCCCAAAAAGGCUUUAUCGAUGACAUUAUUGAGCCACGGACAACUAGAUGGCGACUUUGCAGAGACUUGGAAGUGCAUGAAACAAAAAAAUUACUUAACCCUCCCAAAAAACACGGCAAUAUGCCUCUGUAGUAAUUUUUUUAUAAACCAUUGUCAAUGUUAGAAUUCCCUCAAAGACCACCCUAAAAUCUUUGAUUUCAAAAUUCGGAACACCUAUAG